CGCUUCGGCUGAAGAAAUACUAGCCAGUACAAACGUGCACCGUGUUAAAAAAAACACUAUCACUGGUCCAGUGUUGAGAAACAGAGAAUCCUCUUGACUCUUUUUCUCUUUCAUUUCCGUCUAUUACCUGCCAGAUCCUGAGAUUCAAGAUCCAAUCGCCGUGAUGUCGGGGGUGGAGGAGAGAUGGUGCGUGGUGACGGGCGGAAGGGGAUUCGCCGCGCGCCAUUUGGUGGAAAUGCUUAUCAAAUACGAUAUGUUUUCGGUGAGAAUUGCUGAUUUGGGCGCCACCAUUGAUCUUGAACCACACGAGGAGCAGGGAAUCCUUGGCCAGGCUUUGAGUUCUGGCCGUGCUCAGUAUUUCUCCGUUGAUCUUCGACACAAGUCUCAAGUACUUCAAGCAUGUAAAGGAGCUGAGGUCGUGUUCCACAUGGCUGCACCCAAUUCAUCCAUCAAUAGUUAUCAGCUUCAUCAUUCAGUUAAUAUUGGAGGAACGGCUAAUGUUAUUGAAGCUUGUAUUGAGGGCAAAGUAAAGAGACUCAUUUAUACUAGCUCCGCUAGUGUGGUUUUUGAUGGGAUUCAUGGAAUUAUUAAUGGGAAUGAGUUAUUACCAUAUGCUUCUAAGCACAUUGAUUCAUAUUCAGCUACAAAAGCUGAAGGAGAGAGGUUGAUCAUUAAGGCAAAUGGUGCUAAUGGGCUUCUAACUUGUUGCUUACGCCCCAGCAGCAUUUUUGGUCCUGGUGAUAGGUUGCUGGUUCCCUCUUUGGUUGAUGCUGCAAGGGCAGGAAAGUCUAAGUUCAUAAUUGGUGAUGGCAAUAAUGUUUAUGAUUUCACUUAUGUUGAAAAUGUGGCACAUGCUCAUAUAUGUGCUGAACGAGCUCUAGCUGCAGAAUUGACGGUUGCUGAGAAAGCUGCAGGGCAGACAUAUUUUAUAACCAAUAUGGAGCCAAUCAAGUUUUGGGAAUUUGUCUCACAAAUUCUUGAAGGUCUUGGCUAUAAGAGGCCAAGUAUAAGGAUUCCUGCCUUGGUUAUGAUGCCGAUUGCACACUUGGUAGAGUGUACAUAUAAGCUACUGGGCCCGUAUGGAAUGAAGGUUCCGCAGUUGACACCUUCAAGAAUUAGACUUCUCUCUUGCAGCAGAUCUUUUGACUGUUCAAAAGCAAAAGAUCGACUUGGCUACACACCUCUUGUCUCACUUCAGGAGGGUCUGAGAAAGACAAUCGAAUCAUAUUCAGACUUGAGAGCUGAAAAUCAAUCAAAGAGAGAAGGCCCAUCCAAAGCUUCUAUAUUUCUCGGUAGUGGAAGGGUUGCUGACACACUACUCUGGAAAGAUAAAAAGCAGACUCUCUCUGCAGUGUUAAUUUUGGUGGCAAUUUACUACAACUUCAUUUUGUCUGGUCCGACCAUCAUUUCUACUCUUUCACAGCUUCUCUUGUUGACAGUAGUCUUCUUGUUCAUCCAUGGAAUUUUGCCAGAGAAAAUAUUGGGAUAUACAAUUGAGAAAAUUCCUACAUCACAUUUCCAAUUGUCUGAAGAGAAAUCGCACCGAGUCGCUCUGUCUGUGAUCUCAUUGUGGAAUACUGCUAUUGAUGUUUUAAAAUCUCUUUCCAUGGGUAAUGACUGGUUGCUGUUCCUCAAGGUUAUUCUCUCUCUAUUGAUACUAAGCUUUCUUGGGGCUAUGCCUUUUCAGAGCUUGUAUGCUAUAGGACUUCCUUUGGCCUUUGUGAUUUUCUAUGUGUAUGAGAAAAAGGAGCAAGAAAUCGAUUCCAUGGUUCUGGAUGUUGUCUCCUUCAUGGGCAAAUUGAAAUCUGAUGUUGCUAGAAAAUUGCGUACUUCCAAGAAGAAUGACUAAUAGCUGAUGACCCUAAUUUCCUUCCAAAUGAAACGGUGAUUGCAUCUUCAUUCAUUCCUCGAUUUGCAGCCCUUCAAACUGAUAUGCCGUCGCCGCUCUUUUAUAAUUUUUCUUGUACUCAGUUUUGUACCGUCAUUCUUCUAGAGCACACCGGGUAAAGAAAGCUAUUUAAAUUCAUUUUUUUUUUUAACUGAAUGCUUAUACAGCAGGUUUAGAUUCUCCCUUUAGGUGUACUCUCUUAUUUGGUCUUUUAGCUAUGUGGUUUCAUUCUUUGGGCUUUAUGUAUCAUUUUUCCGUAGGGUGCAUUUGGUUCAGAGAAUAUUGUAUUAUUGAGAAUAUUAUAUUAAUAGACAGAUAGAUUAUCUUAAA